AUGCCUCCGCUUAGCAUGCCGCUGGCGGCUCCAUGGUGCUGGCUCGCUCUCCUCCUCCUGCCUGCCACCAUGGCCCAGAUGCCCUAUAACCCUACGCGAAUCCUCCAACACGACCGCCAUCUCUACGUAUUCCAGCCAUCGUCACAUUCAGACACCCAGUUCCAACUAGGCUCGAUUGAUGUCUCCUCCCAGGUCGUGGCCGCAAACAUCCCAUACACUACGCUGCACCCAACGCUACCCUUCCUCGACGACCAUGUGCUACGCCCGUUCACGCCCAUCCUUGACAACGGCGGGAACCUGACCGUGUAUACUGGAGACUGUACCCAAGGUGCCAGCGGAGGACAAGUCUGGAGCUACACACCGGAGAAGAAUGGAAAGGGCAGCUGGAGCAAGGAAAGCGUGUCGGUCAAGGGAAGCAAGCAUGCGGCCACCCUGGGCGCCAACUUCCUCAACGGCGGCAUGGCCUUCUCCUCCAUCGUUGGUGGUGACACUGCGAAUACGGGAGCCUAUUUCUUUGGAGGCAUGUGCCCAAAUCAAAACGAGACUACAGACGCCUGGCAAUCUUCGGCCAAUUACUCGAACUUUAUGGUCACGCUGCAACCCUCGAGCACUGGGAGCAAGGGGAUCAACUACCAGUUGGAUCUGUCUUCAAGCCGCGGACCACCAAUACCAGAAGCUGGAUUCACCAUGACUGGCUUGUCGCCCACCUUCUCGAACCGAAGCGACAAUACGCAGACUCAGCAGCAGAACUUUGUUCUUGUGGGCGGCCACACGAGUGCUGCAUUCAUCAACAUGUCUCAGGUGGCCCUAUUCUCUCUCCCCGAACAAGGCUGGACCUUCAUCGAAGUCCAGCAGCCCGACGCCUCCCAUACAAAUCUAGCCAUUCGAAAACAAACUACUGCAGUCGAUCCCCGCUCUGGACACACAGCUGUGCUGACUCCGGACGGCCAACGAAUCAUUGUGCUUGGAGGCUGGGUUGGCGACAUCAAUACCCCAGCGGAGCCCCAGUACGCAAUCUUGAAUGUCGCCGAUGGCUAUGGAGGGGACGGUGAUUGGCAGUGGACAGUACCAUCCACAUCUGGCGCUGGUCUUCCGGACAAUUCCGGGCUUUACGGUCAUGGCGCUACCAUGCUACCGGGAGGCGUAAUGAUGAUCACUGGUGGAUACUCAAUAUCACCUUCCGACUCACGGCGCAAGAGGGCCACACCAACUGUCAACAACAAAGCGUACUUCCUCAAUGUUACAUCCAAUACGUGGACAACCGACUACUCCCCACCACCCGAGAGCUCACGCCCCGAGCUUAUCAAGACUGGUCCUUUAUCUAGUCCGGGGCAGAAAGCAGGCUUGGGCGUAGGUCUCGGUAUCGGACUGGCCGCCGUGUGCGCGUUGUUUGCCUUCUACAUGUGGUACACGCGGCGUUUGAAGAAGCAACGCGAAAUGCGUGAAAAGCAACUUCAAGCCCUUGCUUUGGGCGCUCACCGAUACAACAUCGAAGAGUACUCCCCUGGCUUUGAUGGUUGUGGGGGUCCCCCAGAUGCCUCAGACUACCUCGCUGAUCAGAACGACUCGUACUAUUUCCCGCCUGGCACUCAAGGUGGUCAAGGGUGGAGGGCUGCCAAUAGAACGGAUGCGGAAAGAACUGGGCUUCUAGUCGAGAUACCUAGUCCUACUCGAGGGUUACGACGAAGUUUAAGCAAUAGACCAGGAUACGCAAUGGGUAGGGUUCGGGGUCCAGGCCAUAUUCAUCCUAUCGACGAACUUGAGGAGGAGCCUGAUGAGGAACAGGCGCACGAUAAAACACCCUUGACAAAGCAGCCUGAGAUGACGGAGAGACGGCAAGAUCGAGGACCCUCGAUACUCGAGAAUGCGCCAGUUCUAGAUCCUUUCACCGACCCUCAUGGACGUUGUGGGGAGCAAAAGAGCACACAUCGCACUUCACCUACCGUUUCCUUUGGGGAAGAGCCUACUGCUGCAUCAGAUCGUCGUGCUUCGAGUCCAACAGGGAGGCUAUCACCAGACAAAUCCACGUCAGAACGAACAAGUUCCAAUCUCAGUGAGAGAAGUGCUCGGUCCAAUUUGUCGUGGACUUCUUCGAGCGGAGGCGUUAUACGUAGUGCGUCGAUACGUGCCUCGGCGAUCCUAAACCAUGCAGCCCAUGCCAACCCGUUUAAAACACCAGAUGCAAGUCCAACACACGAUAAACCAAGAAGGAAUAGCGAGAGUGGCCGGCAAUCCCCUGAGGAUCCUCGUACGCAGUCUCUUACCAGCAUCCGUAGCAACGGGUAUGCGGAGAUUGACCACUUCCACACCGCCCACUCCUCUUUUGCGCAUCUUCAGGUUGAAGGUGAGGCAUUACUAGGAGGGAAUCCCGAGCGAAACCGACCAGGAACGGCCUCUUCGAACUCAAACACAUACCACGACAGUGAAGGCAGCAAUAGUCGAGCAGCAACAGCUACUCCCGCAACCUCGAUUGCAUUAGACGUUACGGCAAUGUCGCGGCCCGGACCUCGGGAGCGAAGAAGAAGUUGGUUAGGCAGUGUCCGGAAGGUGCUGACGAGGUCAACAUCGGGCACGGAGCGCACGAGAUCGCUGACUACUACCAUGUCGUACCACGAACCUUAUACCGACAAUCCUAUAUCGACCAUCGAAGCCUCAAUAGCUGAUCAUAGAAAGUCUUUUCCCGCCACCUCUGCACCGCCGCGACGUGCAGCAUCAGAUGCAAGCUUCUGGCGAAAUAGAAGGGGGAAGCAAGACUGGCUGGAUGAUGAACAGGACCCUACGUGGCGGCGUAAUGCUGGAGAUGAUUGGGGCGCACCCGAAGACAUCGCCAUGGCGGAGAGAGAACGUCAACGCCAUGAAUGGAGAGAGCGAGGGAACUUGCUCGUCAACACCAACAUCGACAACGAUGAUCAGCUACCUACCCCACGUACACCUAUUCGUCCCGAUCAACUAGGCGUCCCGGCCACUGAAGACCGGCCUUGUACGCCUGCUAGUGAAGGAGACUGGGACGUCGAAGCCGCCGUUGAGCGCCGCGUGGUACAGGUCAUGUUCACCGUGCCGAAGUCGAAAUUGCGCGUAGUCAACGCAGAUAUCGACCGCUCCAGCAUUCUAUCUGUGCCCAGGGAAGACGAUGAGAUGAUUGGAGAUUCAGGGAGUCCACCUAGCCGUGUCAAAGACCUGGCUGGCAGGUUUGAGCAGAUGAGCAGCUCAAGAACGACGCCCCGAACCUCUCCCAGACCAUCGCCGUCGCCAUCCAUCAAGUCGAUGAAGAUUCGAUCGAAAGCGAGCUCGGCGUCGUUGGGCAAGCAGGGUGUCAGGUGAAGUAGUGCGGCGCGUCCGUUGGCGAAGGGCGCGGAACAAGACAACAGUGAUUAGCUGUUCGGGAUGUUGGUGUUCAUGUUCAUGUUCAUGAAAUUUUAUGCUUGCCAUGUGCUUGGAGGAUUGUCGCAGGACGGUCAUUUUGACUUUGAUGUUUUAUUUAGCGCUUGGCGUUGGUAUGGCGUAUUGGACGAGUUGGGGCUACCUAUACCUCGAUUUACGUUCUUUCGGACACAAUCACUUGGAGAGUUUUGCACAUGUGCGGCAGCAUGGUGUUGCAGGGUAGAUAGUUGGAUAUAGCAUCGAUGUAUUUUUUUUCAAACUUCACUUCUGAAAUGCUUUGCUCCUGCGAUGAUUGUACU